GCGCAACUUGUUGGCACUUUUCUUCUCUCCUUGCUUACGGUUGAUUCUGAAUGUCUCACUCUCACUCUCACUUUCUCUUCAACCUUCUCAAUUCAUUUCCUAUUCCUUAUCAUCAACCAUUACCAAACCAAAUACAAACACAACACAUAUUUCACUCUUGUGUACCCCCAAACAAACAUGACAACACUUUACAUGCCAUUGUUCAGAUCAUGUUCUACCUUAAGACAACUCACUCAACUCCAUGCCCACCUUGUUGUCACCAACCUUCACAAUGACCCACUUCCCUCUACAAAGCUUCUUGAAUCCUAUGCCCAAAUGGGUUCUCUCCAAUCAUCAAGACUUGUUUUUUAUUCAUACCCAUCUCCUGAUUCCUUCAUGUUUGGUGUUCUCAUCAAGUGUUACCUUUGGAAUCACUUUUUUGAUCAAGUUGUUUCUCUUUACAAUCAUCAUUUUCAUACGGGUUCUCACUUUACUCAGAAUUGUAGGUUUAUCUAUCCUUCUGUUUUGAAGGCUGCUUCUGCUGUUGGUGAUUUGGUUUUGGGAAGAAAGUUGCAUGGAAGGAUAGUUAAAUCUGGGUUUUGCAGUGAUAGUGUUAUUGGAACUUCGUUGCUUGCAAUGUAUGGGGAGUUGUGUUGUUUAAGUGAUGCAAGGAAGGUGUUUGAUGAAAUGUUUCAAAGAGAUUUGGUUUCUUGGAGUUCUAUUGUUUCAUGUUAUGUUGAGAAUGGGGUUCCAAGAGAAGGAUUGGAAAUGUUUCAUUUGAUGGUUUCUGAGGGAAUUAGACCUGACUCGGUUACACUACUUAGCGUAGCCGAGGCUUGUGGUAAAAUUGGUUGCUUAAGGUUGGCUGAAUUGGUCCAUGGAUAUGUGAUCAGAGAAGGCAUGGUUGGUGAUGGCAGUUUGUGUAAUUCUCUUAUUGUUAUGUACAGCCAGUGUGGUUACUUGUGUAAAGCAAAAAGGCUCUUUGAGUAUCUCGAUGAUCGAAGUACUUCUUGUUGGACUUCUAUGAUUUCGUCGUAUAAUCAAAACGAGUGCUUUGAAGAGGCAUUGGAUGCUUUUAUUCAGAUGCAAGAUUCAGAGGUAGAACCUAAUGAAGUGACAAUGAUUAGUGUUCUGUAUUCCUGUGCUAGAUUAGGUUGGUUAAAAGAGGGAAAAUCAGUUCAUUGCUUUGUUCUAAGGAAAGCAAUGGAUGCUGCUGAUCUUGAUCUUGGGCCUGCACUUAUAGAUUUCUAUGCAGCAUGUUGGAAAACAACCAGUUGUGAAAAACUUCUUUAUUCAAUUCAAAAUAGAAAUGUUGUUUCGUGGAAUACGCUUGUGUCAUAUUAUGCUCGAGAAGGUUUCAACAAGGAAGCCAUGGUACUCUUUGCACGUAUGGUGGCAAAGGGCCUAAUGCCAAAUUCAUUUAGCUUAGCAAGUUCUAUUUCAGCUAGUGCGAGUGCAGGUUCGAUACAAUUUGGACAACAGAUACAUGGUCAUGUCACGAAAAGAGGCUUCAUGGAUGAAUUUGUUCAGAACUCUUUGGUGGACAUGUAUUCAAAAUGUGGCUUUGUAGAUUCGGCAUACACAAUUUUUAACAUGAUUAGGAAGAAAAGCAUUGUGACAUGGAAUUGUAUGAUUUGCGGAUUUUCUCAGAAUGGUGUAUCAGUAGAAGCACUCAGCCUCUUCGAUGAGAUGAAUGUAAACCGCCUCGAGAUAAACGAAGUAACCUUUUUAAGUGCAAUUCAAGCUUGCUCCAAUUUGGGUUACCUCGAGAAGGGAAAAUGGAUUCACCAUAAGAUUAUUGUAACCGGUAAUCAGAAGGAUCUUUAUAUCGAUACAGCUUUAGUAGACAUGUAUGCAAAGUGUGGAGACCUUCAAACAGCCCAAAGAGUUUUCGAUACCAUGCUAGAGAAAAAUGUGGUGUCAUGGAGUAUCAUGAUCGCCGCUCACGGCAUACAUGGUCAAAUAAAUGCUGCAAUCUCACUCUUCACUAAAAUGGUUAACUCAAAUAUCAAACCAAAUGAAGUAACCUUCAUGAAUAUCUUAUCUGCCUGCAGGCAUGCCGGAUCAGUGUCAGAAGGGAAAUUUUAUUUUAACUCUAUGAAGGAUUACGGCAUAGUUCCCAAUGCUGAACAUUUUGCUUCCAUAAUCGACCUUCUAAGUCGCGCUGGCGAUAUCAAUGGAGCAUAUGAAAUAAUUAAAUCAAUCCGUACGCCUGUAGAUGCUAGCAUAUGGGGAGCUUUGCUUAACGGGUGUCGAAUACACGGGAGGUUGGACUUGAUUGAGAACAUAAGUGAAGAACUUGGAGGAAUAAGGACUGAUGAUACAGGGUACUAUACUUUGUUAUCUAACAUAUAUGCUGAAGGAGGAAAGUGGUAUGAAUCAAGAAAAGUGAGAUCAAGGAUGGAAGGAAUGGGACUGAAGAAGGUCCCUGGAUACAGUACAAUUGAGAUUGAUAGUAAAAUCUAUAGAUUUGGAGCUGGAGAUACUUCUGAAUGGCAAAUGAAAGAAAUUUGCAUGUUUUUAGAAAACUUUCAAAGCUUGGCCCAGGAACAAGGAUGUGAUGUAGAAUGUUCUAUGUAUAAUAUUUCAUCCGUUAGAAAAUAUAAGCAAAAUUAACCACUUACGUAUUUACUAAAAUAAUUAGUUAUUCACACCUACUUUUGUUAAUCUAAGUUCAAUUUUAUUACUUAAAUUACCCUUUA